AUGGCGGCGUCCAUAGCGUCAACAAAAUGUGUUGCAAAGCAUGCUUUGAUAAAUCUCGUAUUUUAUAACGGUAAUACAACAAAUUUUAAGAUGCAUAUUGAGAGUGAACAUUCACUUCCUAAAGAUCACAACUCUUCCAGUGUCAGGCCAAGUACAUCAGGUGUCAAGCCAGGUACAUCUGAAACAGUCAUUGAACAUAAACAGCUAACACUCCCAUGUCUUUUGGGAAAUACCAAGUCUCCUAAACUUGGCAUGGAAAGAAAGCAAAACAUUGAUCAAGCAUUGAUGAAACUGGUAGUUGGAAAAGUCCUUCCUCCUAGUUUGGUUGAAAAUCAGUAUUUCACAGACUUCACUAAAAAUCUUGAACCUAGAUACAAACCUCCAUCACGUAAAACGCUUAUGCAAUCACUUUCAGCCAAAAAAGAAGACAUUGAACAACAAAUUAGAAAUGAAAUAAAACAAUGUACUGGUCUAAGUUUAACUCAUGAUGGCUGGACAAGUUCUGCGACAGAGAGUUAUAAUACAGCUACAGUACAUUAUAUUCAUAACUGGGAACUGAAAUCGGCUGUCCUCAACACUGUGAAAAUGGAGGGAUCCCAUACAUCAGAGAAAAUUUCAGAGUCGGUUCUUGAAACUAAGACUAAAUGGCAAUUGCCUGACUGUAUUGCAACAACUGACAACGCCGCCAAUGAAAAGAAAGCUUUUGCACUUUUGAAUAUGCCACGGUUCGGUUGUUACGGCCAUAGAAUUAACUUAGUAGUGAAAAACUCACUCACUGGAUCAAAUGAAGUCUCAAGGAUUUUGGGUAAGGCAAGACGAUUGGUAACUCUCUUCCAUACUUCAUCUAGUGUAAAUGACAAACUCAUCGAAAAACAGAAGCUUCUUCUAACUAAAGGAGUAGGUCACAAACUGAUAGCAGAUGUUUCUACUAGAUGGAACUCCUCCCUGGCAAUGUUGGAAAGGAUUCUAGAGCAGCUUCCAGCUCUUAUGGCUGUUGCUACAGACAAAAGUAAAGCUACCGAGGUUGUUUGUGCCGAAAAAGUGCCAACUAUUAACAAAGUCAUUCCGGUUGUCCUGAAACUUCAAAUGGGCCUGAAGGAGAAUACAGAUGAUCCAGCGAUUAUUAAAUCCUUGAAAAGGAAAAUGGCUAAACAGUUGGAAAUCAGAAGUGAAAUAGAGGACCUUGCACUUUUAGGAUGA